UGUGUUUACAUGUCGCCUAUGUAAUUUAAAAAAACCUUUCUCAGAGAGAACAUUAUUUGCCCAUUUAAGAGGCCAUUUGAGAACCAAUGAAAUGGUAGCAUGUCCUUACAAAGGCUGUGGUUAUAGGACUAAUGUGUACUCUUCAUACAAUGCACACAGCACAUUGGCAUGAGGUUAAUGUACAGUUUGAUGAUGUAGCCCGUGCAAAUGAUGAGAGUUCUCAGGGUCAACAUGGUGCAGAGCCAGUUGAUGAGGGCCCUUCCCAAUCUGAUUUGGAUGUUGACGAUAGUCAGUGUGAUUGUAGACAGUUGAAAGAUCAGCUGCAUAAUAAUUUAACCACUGUAUUUUUGAAAAUGCAAGGUAUACUGCAUGUGUCAGAGAUGGCCACACAGGAAAUAGUGGACCAAUUCGGAGAGAUUUUUUUCUUAUUCAGACCUCUUCUCAGGCAGGUAAUUGGAGAUGUACUGCAAAGACAUAGCAGUAAUGCAAGUGAUUCUGCUCUUGACGAAGUAGUGAAGGUUGUCAUGGACAAUAAUGUGUUUGUCAGUGCUUCAGCUAAAGGAGCAGAAUUGUCUUCUUCCAAGCGGAGAAAAAGUUGUUUUGAGAAUAACUACCCCGUUGUUAUGCCUCAACAGUAUAUCAUACAACCUGAUCAUACAGCUGUGUAUGUCCCUGUGCUUCAUAUGAUGCAAGCUCUGUUUAAACACACUGAUGUUCUGGACAAAAUUCAAGAAGCAAAUAGCUCUAGCUGUGAUCAUUACAGCAGCCAUAGAGAUGGGUCUUACUUUCAAGAGAACACCUUUCUAUUAAUGCCAGGGGACCUUAAAAUACCUGUCUUGCUAUACAUUGAUGACUUAGAAAUCGCCAACCCACUAGGUACUUCUAGGAAAAUUCACAAACUUUGUGCAGUUUACUGGGUUUUUCUGAUUCAGAGUCAUGAGGUGGCAGAUGGGACUUUCAAUAUGAGAACCAUGACUAGCCAUGACUUGAAUGCCCAAAAUGUGUUGUGUGGUGAUGGCACACCUGAGUGUGGGGUGAAGGCAGAUUGUGUCUUUCGACAAAGCCUUAGACAUUUUCACCCCAUCACAGGUUUCCCACCAGACAUUCUUCAUGACCUCCUUGAGGGCAUUGUGCCAGUGGAGUUGCCAUUAUGCUUGCAGGAGAUGAUUCGCCUCAAGUAUUUUACACUUGACUUUUUAAACACAAAAAUAUGCACAUUCCCGUACAAAGGCACUGACAAGUCUGACAAACCAAAACCGAUACCAAAGACUUUCAUGGCAAAAAAGACUAUCGGUGGCAAUGCACAUGAAAAUGCUGCUUUGAUUCCCCUUUUGCCCUUCUUGAUUGGAAGUCUAGUACCAGAGGGUGAUUAUGCCUGGGAGGUGUUAAUGGAUUUGAAAGACAUUGUGGAAUUGUCCCUGUCCCCUACAUUCACAGAAGGAACUAUUUGCUACUUACAGAGCAAAAUCACUGAUCACAGGCAGGUUCUCAGUGAGGUCUUUCCACAGUUUACUCUCAAGGCCAAACACCAUUACAUUGAACACUAUCCUGAACUCAUCAGACGUUUCGGACCACUUGUCAACCUGUGGACAAUGAGAUUUGAGGGAAAAAUCGCUUUUUUAAGCGGGUUGUUCAUGGUGCUCAAAACUUUAAAAAUGUUCUCUUUCCACUUGCAAGGAGACAUCAGUACAUGAUGGCCUACCACCUCAGUUCUUCAUCCUUUUUCAAACCAUAUCAACAUACUUCACUCUUUUCCACUGUAUUGGUUUCUCAAUUACCUGAAGUUGCCAAGCAGUUUGUGACUGAAAGGACUGACAGGCCUACAGUUGAUAGCACAGAACAGAUCAUAAUUGAUGGUACUGCUUUCUGCA